AUGAUUUCGUCCGUGUUCACGUUAAUGGCGUUACUGUCAUCAUGCCACACUCAAGAUUUAAUUCCCAAUGGGAAUGUAUCAAAUAACAGGCUAACAGAAAACCGGCUAAUGCAGCUUCCAUUUCAAACAUCAACGGAAAUUAUUGAGGAAUCCGUGAGUGCACUCACUAAAGCUCCCAGCAAAACCGAUCAAAUCGCAGACACACUUUACACCUUUCCAUUUCUCGUGAACAAAAGUUUGCUGAACUACGCUGAUAUACUGGUCUCAGAAUAUAAUACUCAUGUAAACGAUGAAGACGUCACGCUAAGUAUCAGUGAGCUCAUAACAAAGUAUGGAUACCCAGUGGAAAGGCACGCCGUCCGCACUGAGGACGGUUACAACCUUCAGAUGUUCAGGAUACCAAACAACGGAUCCGUGGUUUUCCUCAUGCACGGUUUGGGAGGUUGUGCAGACGACUUCAUUUUGGCCGGACCACAGAGUGGACUCGCUUAUCUCUUAUCCAAAGAGGGCUACGACGUUUGGAUGGGGAACGCCCGUGGGAACAAACAUUCACGCAGUCACCAGUACCUCUCGCCUUCCGAUCCGAAUUUUUGGGACUUUUCGUGGCACGAGAUUGGUUACUACGAUCUACCAGCUAUGAUAGACUAUGCACUCGGAAUAAGUAAGUCCGAAACACUUAAAUAUAUCGGAUACUCUCAAGGGAGUACAGUUUUCUUUGUAAUGGCAGCGGAGAAAGUGCAGUACAACGACAAGAUUUCCAUCAUGGUCGCGCUGUCUCCGAUAGCGUAUAUGACACGCGUUAAGUCUCCGUUAGCCAGGCUCCUAUCACCGGGCACAUCUCUAAUGUACGAGGUGUCGAAAAGCUUAGGCAUUUACGAGUUUCCGAUGAAAAGUGAAUGGACAGGCCCCUUAAAACUCCUGAUGUGCGGUGUUGGCCCCUUGGCAGACAUUCUGUGCAGUAAUGUUUUGUUUUUAGCCGUAGGCUUCGAUUUGGAGCAGCUCAACAUGACCAAUCUGCCCGUGAUAUUGAGCCACGUGCCGGCCGGCGCAUCGGUGAAACAGCUCGUACACUACGGCCAGGGUGUAGUUUCGGGGGAAUUCAGACAAUUCGAUUUGGGCGCGCAAGGAAAUCUGAAGAGGUACGGCUCGCUAACCCCUCCGAAAUAUGAUCUGGAUCGAGUCCGGGUGCCGGUUUCGUUGUUCUACAGUAACGAGGACUGGAUGGCUCAUCCUGAUGACGUGGAUCAAUUAUAUAAAGAAUUGCAUAACGCUGUGGACAUUCACAGGGUUCCGUACGAGCAUUUUAACCACAUAGAUUUUAUUUUCGCAAAGGAAUUUAAAAGAUUAAUUCACAAAAGAUUAAGAAAAUUGCUGUCAUUAUUUUAA